AUGCUCUCCGUGAUCAUCUCUCAUCUCUCGAGCUGCAUACUUUCUCUUGCUCUGGCCCUGUUGGGUGCAGAGCAUCUGACCUCAUGGAAUGACUUCAUUCUCAUCAUUUACUCAGUCAUGAUGAAACACGGGGUUGAUGUUGAGCUAAUCGUGUCAAAUACAGCACCCCCAUCCCUGGAGGAGGAUGCACUCACAGCAGUGAAAAGCCAGGCUCAAAUUUCAAGGUUCGCGGCAGCCCGAAGGCAUCAGCUUCAAGAUGGACAGGCACAUGUUUCAGUGGUGGAAGUGGAUGAUGCACAUUGGGGGGAGUACGGUAUGAAGACCACGGCGAAUGAGUUGGCACCCAGCUGCGACUGUCUUGGACCGAUUUGUGAUUUACCCAGCGCAUACAUCGUGCACGAUGGUAGUGUGGUCGUGAUCAAAAAUGUCAUCUGUAUCCACGAAGAGGACAUGGGCCUCCUCUGCAAACACAGCGACUACCGCAUCGGCAUGCUGCAGGUGUACGUCAAGGGCGGGGAGGAAGUGACCAUAUUCAGCAUCACCCUCAUCUCCAGUAUCAAUGCCCAGUUCCACCAGCAUAUCUUCUCAUUCCACAUGGAUCCGAUGGUCGAUGGCCUGCGCAACACAUCUACAGUCAUCUAG